CUCAGUUAGAUUAAGGUGUUAAUUUUUACUUCACUGCUGGAUAAAUCAUCAAACAUAAAUAUUUAUUUAAAUCUUUUCACUAUCAAUUGUUAAGUUGGAGGUGUUGCGAUAAAAUAAUCUAGUUAAAGUCAAUUAUUAAGUCACAAACCCACAGUUUAAGUUACAGCAAGUGAAUAUUUCAUUAAAACAGGUUUAACAUUGCAGGAAAUUCCAAUGCAAGUGACAUCAAAGAUUCUUUACUUUCUGAACUUGAUAUUAAUAUUUGCGGUUAAUAUUCAUGCUCAAAAAAUUGAAUAUCUUAAAUUUAUACCUGAAAAUGACGACUGUAAACUCAAUCAAGAUGUUUAUGGCACAUGCAAAAAAAUUUCAGAGUGCCGAAGUGAAUUUGAAAAGUUUCGAAAAAAUAAAUCCAAUUUAAUAAUUUGCAACUAUGGCGAUAGUGUGCAGAACAGCAUAAUUUGCUGUCCAAAUGAUGUCGAGACAUCAAAAUUAACGAUUAGUGACAAGAUUGAUGACAAGCCGACUAGAAAAAAUAUUUUAGACUUCAAAACCUGUCGAAAUGAAUUUUUAAAGUUCAGGAACUCUUCAAUCAAUCCAAAUCAUUUUGCUGAAGAACUUAAUGCCAAGAGACUUCCAAUAAAUAAGGAAAAUUGUGAUAAAUUAGAUCAACUUAAUAAAAUGACAAAAAAUUUCUGGGACUUGAGGAGCUUCAAUUGCGUCAAAGAUCCUGAUGGAACCUAUCGACUUGUUGGUGUAGCUGCAUAUUUUGCAGAGCUUGUCAAAAGAGGUGAUCGUCCGAAUAUGGCAGCAAUUGGAUGGACGCAACCAAAUAAAAAAUAUUUUUAUGGAUGUGGAGGUUCGAUAAUUACUGAAAAAUUCAUUGUUACAGCUGCACAUUGCAAGUUUCGUGAAAAAAAGCAAGCAGACACAGUUCGUCUAGGUGACAGAUUCCUUCUAACAAGUGAAGAUGAUGACACAGCCCAGCAGCUACGCAUUCAACAUUUCAUCUUACAUCCACUUUACAAGUCGAACCUUAAUUAUCAUGACAUUGCAAUGAUUAAGACAGUUGAAACAAUUUUAUUCAAUAAAUUCGUUGUUCCAUCUUGCAUUGAUGAUUUGGGGUCUGAUAAAAAUGGACUGUUUACUGAAUGGACUGUCGCUGGAUAUGGAGAGACUGAAGAUGGAGUUGCUUCAAACGUUUUACUAGAACUCAAAGUCGAUCUGGUUUCUAAUGAAGAAUGUAACAAGACCUUUGAGGACAACGACAGGCUCCCAAAUGGAAUACUUGACAGUCAAUUUUGUGUCAAAAGUCAAGCAUUUGGUGGAAAUGUGCCGGAUACAUGCUUUGGAGAUUCCGGAAGUCCACUGCAGUUUAAAACAGCAUUUGAAGUAUUUCCAAGUAAUUUCAACAAAACUUUCAUCUCAACGAUGUAUGAAGUCUCAACUGUCUUAGGAAUUGUAUCAUUUGGUGUCAGUUGUGGACUAGAAGUGCCAUCAGUUUAUACUAAGCUUGUUUAUUAUCGCGACUGGAUGAGUUCUGUGGUGGAUACUUAUUAAGAAUUUAAGACACUUUUAAGCAAUUCUAGUGUGGGAAUAUUAGGGACGCAGGGGGAAAAUAGCUAUGCGUUCAAUAGUCUAAAUAAGGCCCUCAAAAACCUAUAAAUCAUCAACCUUGCUCAAGUAAAGCUUAUUAAAUAAAACUUAAUUAAUUGACAUUUUAUUAUUAUUUUUAUUAUCAUCCAAAAUCAUCCAAAAAUUAAAAUUUCUCAAUUUUCCUAUCAUUUUUCGUCACACAUGACUUUGGACUCAACGAGUCACAAUCCAUUGAAUUUAUAUGCGUCACUUUUUCACCUUCACAAUUUUCAUUUCCAUUUUUUCCGCUGCAUUUUGCGUUGACUGAAAUUGAGUUGCUGGACGAUGAAGAUUUAAAGUUUGCAUCUGGAUCACUUGAGCUGGAUGAGAAGCUAGAACUGGAUGAUGAAGAUGAUGAGUAACUUGACCCUGAACUUGAUGAAAAUGAGCUGUGGCUGUGCAUUUGUGGAAAGUCUGCAUCUAAAUUGAAUAAUUCAUCUGAAUUGAGGUUGUUGAAGAAUUCUGAAGUUGCAAAACUGACAAAAAUGCACAAAAUUGUGAUGAAAAUGGACAAAUUCAUGUCGAACAGGAUUUAAAAAUUUCACAAAAAUUAAAUUAAAUUUCUCAGAUGUUUGUCGUGUUUAGUAAACAAUCUCUGUAAAACUACUGACUCAAUAUAAUCUUAAAUGUUUAAAACAAAAACAACGAAACAUUUGACAACAGCACAAC